GCUGAAUGGUUAGCCGGGGGAAAGGAGAGACACCGACAGACACCACCUGAGGGCUGCUCUACAGAGACCCAGGAAAUUACUCCUCGCCUCGUCUCGACAGCCUGGUAGCAACACAGUGCACAUUUCAGUAGUUCCAAAACACAUAAUUCAAGGACUCUAGCAUGUGAGCCACCACAAAAGACAUGUGAGUCUCUACACUUCUGUCCCAGAUCUUCUUUACCCUGCACAGACGUAAACAGAGUUUGGUUUGACAAUGUCGAGCCGUCGGAAAUCCACCACACCUUGCAUGGUGCUGCCCUCUGAUGUGGUAGAGCAGGAAGAGCUGGAGGAGAAAACAGAAAGAGCAAAGGAGGAAGAGCCAGAGGAGGAGCAGGGGAAGGUGAAGGAAGGAGCAGAGGAGGGGCCGACUGCAGAGGAGUUGGAUCAGGCAGUGGUGGUUGUCCCCACCCCUCCAGAUACAGAUGGUGUCUCUACUAUAGAAGACAGCGAAGUCCUUGGUCCCUCGCUGAAGCGCAGCGCUACAAACCCCCCUGAGGAUGUGGGCAGCGACCAGGUGACCCAGGAACAGCAGUGUGAUACACCUGCAGAGGGAGGAGCAGACUCUGCCGCGGUUGCUGCCAUCUCUCUCAGCAAGACCCCCAUCAUGAGGAUGAAGACCAAAUCUGAGCCCAAGAGGAUCGCUGUGUCCCUGAAAUCAGCAGACGAGGCGGUGGAGGGUUUUGGAGGGGGUGGUGAAGGAGAGGUGGGAGGAGAGCAGGAGCCCAUCGAAGCUCCUCUGGGGCCGAUGACACCUGUGGAGAUGCUGCUGCAUGACUCCAUGAAGCUCGGGGGAGGAGGCUUGCUGGUCGGCCCGCCCUCAGAGCAGCAGAGGAAAUCAUCCACUUUAAACCCCACAGUUCUCCCCGCUGGCCUGGCACAGGUGCUUUCUGCUUUCCAAGCCCAGCACAGUGCAGCAGCAGCAGCAGCAGCAGCAGCUCAGCCUCAGCUACUGAUUCCCCUCAGCAGCAUCCCCUCCUACAGUGCAGCUAUGGACACCAACCCUCUGCUGGGCAGCACAUACAAGAAGUUUCCUUACCCCUCCAUGGCUGAGAUCAGCAGCCUGGCAGCACAGACACAGUUCACAGAGGAGCAGAUCAAGGUGUGGUUCUCAGCCCAGCGGCUGAAGCACGGUGUGAGCUGGACUCCAGAGGAAGUGGAGGAGGCCAGGAGGAAACAGUUUAACGGAACGGUGCACACGGUGCCUCAGACCAUCACUGUGAUUCCUGCUCACCAACUCUCAGCAGCUGCCAAUGGCCUACAGUCCAUUCUUCAGACCUGCCAGAUAGUGGGCCAGCCCGGCCUGGUGUUCACACAGGUCGGCCCAGGAGGGAACCUUCCGGUGACCAGUCCCAUCACCCUGACAGUGGCAGGGCUGCCCAGCCAAUCCCAAAGCUCCAGCAGAGUUUCCUGCCAGCCCACCCCAACAAACAGUGAGCUGAAAAGGGCCACCACUGUCCAGCCUCCCUCUCUUUCCCCACAGGAGAACUCGGCCCUCAGUGCUGACACAUUCAGUUUGCGGCCUAAGAAGUCCAAAGAGCAGCUGGCAGAGCUUAAAGCCAGCUACCUGAAGAACCACUUUGUCACUGAUGCAGAAAUUGCCCGGCUGAUGAAGCUCACCAACCUGACAAAGGGAGAGAUCAAGAAGUGGUUCAGUGACACCAGGUACAACCAGCGCAACUCUAAGAACAGCCAUGUCAUUGUUUUCCAUGACGGUGGGGGCAGGGGAAGUGGCAGCUGUAGUAGCAGUGCUAGCACCACCAUUGUUAUUGACUCGAGCGACGAGACCCCCACAUCUCCCCUUCCUCCACGUACUCCUCCUGUGAAGGAGAGGGAGACGCGGCCCAAAACAUGGAAUCCGUUCCCCGAUUUUACCCUGCAGAAGUUUAAGGAGAAGACUCCGGAGCAGCUGGUGGUGCUGGAGGAAAGUUUUGAGAAGAGCAACAGCCCUUCAGAUGAAGAACUGAGCCGCCUGAGGUCAGAGACUAAACUGACACGGAGGGAGAUUGAUGCCUGGUUCACCGAGAGACGAAAAAUGCCUUCUGUUAGCACUUCUUCCCCAGAUUCUUCAGAAGGAGGAAAGUUGGAGACAGACGGAGCAAAAGCAGGAGAAGGAGGAAUAGGAGCGAGCGCUUCUUCUCCUUCUGCUUCCUCGUCUCGUAAAGGUAGUCAAACUCCUCCUGGCGGUCGCAUUAAGCAGCUGCCCACCAGCAGCAGCAGCAGCAUCAAAGACAUGAAAGAUAAGAGUAAAAAGACUCCAGAGCAGCUCCAUAUUCUGAAAAGUGCCUUUGUGCGGACCCAGUGGCCCACACCAGAGGAGUACGACCAGCUGGCAGAAGACAGCGGCCUUCCCCGGUCCUACAUCGUCAGCUGGUUUGGGGACUCUCGGUACUCAUGGAAGAACAGUAACCUGAAGUGGUUCUUCCAGUACCAAAGUGGCAACAUCGAAGGGCCAAAUGGUGGAGGAGGCAAUAAAAUGGGAAGCAGCAGCAGCACCGGCCGGAAAAGACGCGCCCGAAAUCGUGGUUGGGGGCGGUCACGAACCAGAAAGCAGCCAAGAAGGUCCGCCUCCUUCAGCGCAGAUGUCGAUAGAGCGCCCCCGUCAAAGAAAUUCAAGAGUGGGAGGGAGAUUCUGAAGGAGUACUACCUAAAGCACCGUUUUCUCAAUGAGCAAGACCUGGAUGAGCUUGUCACCAAGACCAACAUGAGCUAUGAACAGGUGAGGGAAUGGUUCGCCGAGGUCCAGCGACGCUUGGAGACCGGGUCAGAUCCCUUCGAGGAGCCGGCGUUAGGAAGGACAGAUGGAGACAAGGGAGGAGAGGAAGAGGGAGCAGAGACACGGGGAGAGGCGUCGACGGCCACCGAGGAGCAGACCGGCGCAGGGAUGGGAGACGAAGAUGAUGACGAUGAAGGAGACGAGGAUGGCGACGGCGAUGAUACGGACGACAGUGAGGUUUGGGAGCCGUCACGUAGCGUCAGGAAGUCCUUGUCAGUUUCUGAAGACUAAUGAUUGUGGGAGGCAAAGUGAAACAUUGCAGAAUGUCACAAGAGAAAUACUGUUGAACCAAGUCUUUUUACCACUGAUGUGCAUGUGUACUCAUUUGCAACAUUAAUUCACUGUAUUUUCAAACAAUUUCUGAAACACAUGAGACUAACAGAUGGACUAUUAGCUUUAGCUCACCCUCUUAAUCUUAUUUACUGUAAGUAAUGUGUAACAGUUUAGACAAGAGUCAUGGUAAAGAAGGAAAACCUUAAGUGGCAUACCAAACUUUGGUAAAGCUUAAGAUUCAAUACACAAUAUUUUGUGAAAAGGAAAUACCAUGAAGUGCUUCAAGCUGAGAUGAAGAUGGAAACUGUGGAAAUAGUUACCCAAAAAGGUGAUGUAUCCAGACACAUCCAUACAUCAUUAUUUUUUAGGAACAACCGACGAAUGCCGACUGUUGUAGAUGAGAGAUUUUAGGAGGAAUUAACAGUUUUAAUGUCCGCCAUGCCCCUUGUUAAAUUUGCACUCUUUGCUUGCUUGAAUGAAGUCAGCAAAGGCAGACUUAUUUACACAUAAUGCUGCAUUUCCUUGAGAAAGAGUGUUUGUUAUAAGCACAGGCCUAAUUUCAAACUUCUAUCUCCAAUGUUAUGAAUGUUUCACCCCUGGUCCCAAACUAUGAGCGCGCACAGAGAAAAAAAAAAAGACUUAUCUGACGUGUUUACAAAGGUGCUUAAAAAUGUAUCACAGCUAGAUGUCACUUCUGAGCAACGUCCCCAAUGAAACUGACAUACAUCUAUUUGAGGAACUGGUUGGUUUAUGUUAUACAGUAUCUUUGUUUUUUCCUAACACCAGUGAAGGUCGUAAGGACCAGAUACGAAUCAGCAGGUUGUUUGCGCUCACAUGGAUUGAUAAUGACUCUGAAAGUCAGGCAUUUUAUCUCAAUAUGAGACAAAGUACCUUAAUGCUGAAUGAAUGCCAAUGCCACGAUGCUUUUAAACAACACAGGAUGUCUACUCAAGUCUUCCCUUUAUAGUGGCUUGUUGUUUUAUGAGUAUUAUUAGUAUUAUAGAUUUUUAACUGAACACCUACAGAUCUGAUGGAAAAAUGCCACAGUAUGUGUUUAAUAUGCACUGCUAUCAAUGUUUUUAAACUAAUUUUCACCUUUUGAUAGAAAUCCUGUGCUAUUAUGACCUUUUUUAAAGUUUUUUUUGUUAUGUAGAUUCAGACAGUGUGAUGCUGUUGUCCUAAAGUUGAAUGUGUUGGCUCCUGAACAGUGAGCUACAGUUUGAGGCAGAGGCGCUGUGAGACACACAUGUGGGUCCUCUGAAAUAAUCAUAGAAACAGAAGUAUUUAGCUUAGAAUUUACUGAUGGUGGGCCUCUGAUGACUGAAUUUUAAGAUGGGGAUGCAGCAUUGCAGAGUUUUCUUUAAACCAUGUAAACGUAAGCACCAGCUGCAGCUCCCGUGUAGAUUUAGAUCAAGUCAAUCCACAGGUUAUCACCUUUACAAGACUGCGAUCACCACCAAAUCACCAACACCUUGCCUUUAGGUUUGGGCUCAUCUGCUCAUGUCAAAAACAAGGCCUGUGAAUCAUUUUGGGUCUCGACCCGUACUUUAAAGAAAGACUGUUUAACAGCAUUUCAAAUAAUAAUUUGAGUCCAGUCUGCACUGAAGAGAAAAACGUGAAGCACCUAAACUAAACUUUUUUAAAAAUGCACUUUGUCCACUUGUGUACAUUGUGGACUGAAUCCUGAUUAGGCACCUUAAUCUCUUAUUAUACCAUAAAAUGGCUCUGAGAGACCAAAUCUGUUUUGUAUGACUACAAACUGAACCAGUGUUUUGCCUUUUUUUAUCCUCAGUGUGUUUUCAGGAGGAGGAAUAAAUUGAUCCACUUUUUCUAAUAAUAUGUGUUGUUUCAUAGUUGGAUGUUUAUGAGGCUCAUAAAACUAGUAGAACAAUCACACGCAAUGCUUUCUUUCGCUAAAUUGCACAAUUUGAGCCCCAUUUUGAAUCCUUUCUCCUUUAGAAAAUGCACAUGUUAUAUUUGUUGUGUUUUUUAUUGUUGCUUUAAAUUGUGGGAAUUGUCUCCCAUCUCCCCUCUCUGCUCCCACAUACCCCUGUCAGACUCUAUACCCCCCUCCUCCAGUCCACUUUUGGAAAAUGAAUGCCUAGACUCUUGAUGUGCACUUCCCAAGACAUGUUUCUGUAAACGUUAGCGGCGUCCUAUUGGUUCUCUGUCUCAUUCAAUUGUCUACAACACAGGCAGACAGACAGGCAGACAGACAGGGCUAUAGGAACAUCUUCAAAAGACUGAAACUGUUCAGAAAAAUUUUCUUGGAAAAUUCACUUUCUCUGUCAAAGGGAUUGUUGUGAUGCCUGAAGAAACAGCAUAGCAUUCCCUCUGUGGCGGGAAGCCUACCAAAUAACGCUCCUCUUUCUAACUGUUUUCCUCAGACUUUACCGCGGUAAAUCGACAGGACAAUAGACUGACAACUGUCUUGACUACAGUUCUUCACAAAUAGGGGGAGAGACUCUGAUGAAGCUUUGCAGAUAAACCUAUGUGCCUACACGGCUCGUACGCUUGUUUGAACAGAAUUUCACCAACUCUCGACAGAAGGUGAUGGGAGAGAACUUGUCAGUGCUUUGAAAAAUCCCACACUGUUGGGGGAUUCUUAAGGGAGGCUUGUUCAAACUAAGUUGUGAUGCAUGACCGAGCUCUGCUUUCUGCUGACGCUAAAAGAUGCCUAGUUACUCUGAAGUUGACGUUGGAAACUUCUGUUGUAAGUCCUUAAACAGAUACCUUGGUGUUCAGAAUUGUAUUGUGUUUUUCCACCAGGCACUUGUCACACAUCAUGUUGUCACUUCGAUUUUAAUGAAACCAGUGUUGUCUGCUAGACGUAAGCUAACUAAGAUAGCUAGUUCACAGCAACUGAAGGACAAAUCUGAAACUGAAAUCUUGAUACAUUUUGCAUAAUGUGACAAGUGCCUGGUCAUGAAAAAUAAAUUCAAAAUGUUAAGGUAUACCUUUUGUCUAAUACUGCAUGCAAUAACCAAGACGAACAACCGCUCAUUUGUACAUACAAUAUUCUGGGUUGGUAUACUUGGCACAGUAGAAGCUUAAUCUGGGAUUAAUUCUUUGUGUAGCUUUAAUAAUAACGGUUACCUUGCAUCACCAAGUUAACUGCAACUAUGGACCUGUUUUCUUCCGUUCAUGGACUCUGGAAAUAUUUAUUGAAGUCUUGUCACUGUUAGCUUGGACAGGCUUACUUCAGUUAGCCAGCUCCUUUUACAGCAGCAUUUUAAGCAAAGAGUCCUUUGCUCCAAACCGGCCAUUAUGCCCAGCCAUUUUGUGCCCUUUUGCGACCAUUUGAAUCCCGGUACUUCACGUGCUAAUUUCUACAUGUGCUAAAAACUGGCUGUGUCCACAGUUAGCUUGUUUUAGUCCACAGGUUAGGCUUAUACCUGCCUCCAGGUAUCCAACCCACAGUCUUUUACAGUGUGCUCAUUCUUUACUAUAGUCAGUCUGUUUUGAAUGGUUUUAUAUGUUUCUAUCUAUGAAAACUGUGUCAUUACAACUCUUUCCAGACAUUAGUGGAUUGUUUGUUAACAAGACAGACUCAUACAAUAUGUACAAUAGAGUAGUGUUUUUGAAAUAGAAUCAGUUUAAGAGUUCAGCCAGUGUUGCCCAAGUGGCUUUUUGGUACUUUGGUUGCAAAAAUAUAGAAUCAGAACUCAAUAGAAAAGACACACUAUUGUCUUGUUAGCACUGGGAAAACAUUUUUCUUCUUAAUAAUGUGUCAAAAAAGUUAAAGCUUUACAACUAAGCUGUUUCAUAAACAUACAUUAAAUGUUACAGUAAAAUGAUUUAACAUCACAGUUACUUAAAGGGGCCCUCCAUUGAUUUUACACAUGAACUAGGAGGGCGCUGUUUUGUUUCUGCAGUGAUGUUUGAGGUGGCUGUUGUUGAUGUUUUGUUGUAGACAUUGCACACCAUUCACUUGAAAUACAACAGGUUUACACAUGCUUUACAAAUUCAGUUCAUUUCACCAUAGACUGCUAUAAUUGACCUUGAUCUCGCAAUGUAAACAAAAGUUAAAAAUAACACGUGUAUCUGCCUCGUGAUUCGGAUCCCGUCUGAAAUUUAAUGGGUUCUUCCUCAGCCCACUCCACUAAAUUGAUGAUUGAAAUCAUGAAAAUCAGAAACGUUUUUAUGUAAACCUACUGACAGACAGACAAACAAACAAAUAAACGAAACAUAACCUCCUUGGUGGAGGGAUGUUAUGAUACUUGUCGUUGAAGAGUACUACUCAGCCUAUGAAAACACAGCUGGAAAAGACUUUUCUCGUACGAGUCCCCCUACUUUAUGAAAUGGCAGUACUAAUUCACUAGAGUACCCCUUUAAAGAUUUCCCUUCCAUUACACUUAAUAUUAGCCCCAUAUUAGGGGAAUGAUAAGAGCAUUGGUAGAAACGGAACCAGCCUGGCUCCACUUUAAUAUAAUGGUCUAGUAAAGCUGUAAGAUCUAGAAAACUCUACCUUAAAUAUCAAUCGUGUAUUUAAAGUUUUCCCAGGUUGCUGAGGUGCUGUGUCUGCUCCCUGAGUCAUGAUUUUAUAUUCAACAGUCAUCAUGUAUCCCAGUUAACUUUGUGCAGUAGAGCUAAGAGCUAACAUUGUGAUCUGAGUAGUUUACCUGCUGUCCUAUUGUGCACAUAAUGUCAUAUCUGUAUCCUUCGCUAUACUUCUGCUAUUUAGUCCUCACUUGUUUUCUGUAUUUAGACAGGUAGUUGGUUGAAUGUUUCUUACAGCAAUCAGAGAUUAAAAUGUUUUCACUAUACAGUAGCCAACUUUUUUUGGCCAAAAAAUACACCUUGUCAGAAUUGUAAUAUACUGUACGUAUAAAUGGAAAUGUGUUUUUUUAACUCAUUGACAGUGGAAUUUUCACUUUCUGUUUUUUCUGAUCUCAUUUUUUUUAAUCUGUUGACAGUUUUUACCCCAAGCUAUUACUUUUGAAGAGCUUGCUUUGCUUUUAAACGUAAAAUGGACUUUUUUUUUUCUUGUUACUGCUUCAAUACAUACCUGUUUUACUGGAUGUGUCAGUGAUUUCUCAGUUCUUGUAUUAAGAUACAGUUGGCUCCGUAGACACAGAGUGUGGGAAGAACACAAUGAGAGUGUACUCUACCUUAAUAAAUCAGUUGGUGCUCAUUUAAAGGCAACAAACAUUUACUGUGCCGUUUUAAAAUGUUACUCCUGACUAACCUAAAUUUAGGUUUUUAAAAAUAAGCUGUGAUCUCUGUCCUGUUAGAAAAUCCACCAUGAACUGGUACGCAUUAUCCCGUACUCCUGAUCGACGACUAUUGUGAGAACAAAACUGACUUACUUGAUGUUGGACUUUUUGCGCAGGAUGCGAGCAAAGAUGACAACGUUCAUUCCUAAAACUGCUCAACAAAAAAGGUCAAACUGUUAUUCUGUGUCUACGGAACUGACAUUUCCACCUACAUUAAGUUAUUUCUACACUCUGCCUGUACGUCUGAAAUCUGUUAAAAACUGAGAGUAUCUGUCAUAAAGUUUGAUUAAACACGGUAUGUAUGUGCGUCUGCCUCUGCAGGUUUGCUUCAGAAAGCUAUAAAUUCCUUUAGUGGCCCCUGCGACCAUCAGCUUGUAGCUACCAGCUGUGAGGCAGACAAUAUGUGCAAUGUUAAUUUAAAAUCAUGGCUGUUUGGAGGCUCUGGCUUGAUUUAGAAAAGAUUUAUAUUUUAUACUUGUUUGAGGACAAAACCCAAUAAAUUUUGAUCAAAAGAUGUGCACUUGCAA